CUCUAUUGCACGCGAGCAUUAGGCGUUUCGCUCUUUGAGAAUUAACAACAAGCUGGUGAAAUAGUGUGUGUUUUGUUACAAAAAUAAGCAACAUGUCCAGAAAAAGUGGAGAAUCGAAACCCCUGCACGGGGGUUAUAAGCCUCAACUAAUAGCUCAAGUAGACCAGAAAAAGGGUGGCGUAAACACACAAGUUGUCAUGACUAACUAUAAAAGUCAAAAACACGAUGUACCGGCCCAAUCAACCAAUGGAUCCACGGUACCCUUAGUUCUCGGAAAUCCGAAUAAUGACGUCGAAGCGGGUGACUAUGAUCCUUAUCAGCACCGGAAUAUUACGCAUCCCACAUCGGAUAUGGACACCCUCAUCCACUUACUUAAAGGAAGUCUAGGAUCAGGCAUAUUGUCUAUGCCUUUGGCAUUUGCCAAUUCUGGUCUUUAUUUUGGUCUUAUUUCCACCUUUACAAUUGGUCUAAUAUGCACCUACUGUGUUCAUAUUUUAGUAAAAAGCGCGCACACACUAUGUAGGCGUAUGCGGGUUCCAUCUUUAGGUUUUGCCGAUAUCGCAGAAACUGCCUUUUUAGCAGGUCCCAAAGCCUUCCAUCAAUGGGCCAAAUUCGCGAAAGCAUGCAUUAACCUUUUCUUGGUUAUAGAUUUGCUGGGUUGCUGUUGUAUAUAUGUCGUGUUCGUUGCAAAAAACGUUAAACAAGUCGUAGAUUUCUAUGCAGCUGAUGAUUAUAAAUUUGAUACCAGGAUAUAUAUGGCCGCAUGCCUUCUUCCUCUCCUUCUCUUUAACUCAAUUAAAAAGCUGAAAUAUUUGUCCCCAUUUUCUAUGAUUGCAAACAUACUUAUGGCCGUUGGUUUAAGCAUCACGUUUUAUUAUAUACUUACUGAUAACCCCACCGAAGAACAAAAGGCAGAACGCGUAGUUGAGAAUAUUGUUAGCCCCAUCCAUUGGCCCAUGUUCUUUGGUACUGUCAUUUUCGCACUAGAAGGUAUUGGUGUAGUUAUGCCUUUGGAGAACAACAUGAAAACUCCCCAACAUUUUACCGGAUGCCCUGGCGUUCUAAACAUCGGCAUGUUCUUCGUUAUCUCUCUCUACUCUUCCGUUGGAUUCAUGGGUUACAAGACUUAUGGCAAAAAAGCUGAAGGCAGUAUCACUCUUAAUCUUCCAGAAGACAAAAUUCUGGCACAAUCUGUGAAACUUAUGAUCGCAGCCGCAGUGUUUUUGACCUACGCUCUCCAAUUUUACGUGCCAAUGGAAAUUAUCUGGAAAGCGCUGAAAAACAGCUACCAAAACAGGCCAACUCUGGCAGAAAACGUAAUCCGUUACAGUUUGAUCGUGCUAACGGUGGGGAUCGCGAUUUGUGUGCCAAAUUUGGGCGGCUUCAUAACCCUUGUGGGAGCCGUGUGUCUGUCGACGUUGGGUCUCAUAUUCCCAGCCAUAAUUGACACCGUCACAAACUACGAAGAUCCCGGCAUGGGUCGUUUCAAGUGGAGACUGGUGAAAAAUUGUCUUCUCGUCACUUUCGGUCUGAUUGGUUUUGUGACCGGAACGUACGUCAGCAUAAUCGAAAUCAUCUACGGUUAAAAUUUCUCGCUAAUUUAGUAGCAACGCGUUUCUUGGGCGUCUUUCGUGCAGGGAGCCGAUCAUUUGGAAAACGGCAGGGGUGGGCUUUAUGCCGGCUGAAACCCGGUGGUGUUUUCCUAUCUCUUAGAACAAUUUUUAUUCGAUACAUUUUGGGCAGCCGGGAAAUCAAGUCAAAUUAUUAUCUAGAUAAUAGCCUUCUAUUCAAUGACAUAUGGUUUCUUUUCUCCCCUAACAUAUCAAAAGACAUACCAAAAAUUAAAACGGCUCCCUGUAUAAUAAUAUACUCAUCAGAAAAAAAAUCUUUUGAGACUUUUCUAUUCGCAGACUAGUAAAAGACUGCAAGUUUCUAGCUGUGAUUAUUACAGUAAAAAUAAUUUUCAUUUUAAAAUGUAUUUGAGCGAAAGCCAAAUUUCACAGUUUAUAGUAAUGGCUGACAUCUUUAACAAAUAUUUUUUACCAAGAUAACGAAUUUUGUUAUAGUCGAUUCAUUUUUUAAUUAUUAAACAUUUCCUAAACAAAAGUCAAGAUAGUGAGAAUUUUUUAGCCAUCCACUUAUUUAUAUUUAUAAAUAUAAUGAUUGUGAUUUUCUUAGAUUUCUAAGUAGAAUUCGAAUAGUGAGCUCAAAUUAUAGUGUAAAAUUGUUAGUGUUCAUUACUCUUUAUAAUUAAAGCCUCCCAUUUUAUAUGUUAUCUAUCAAAUAUUAUAAAAUUUAGACAAAAUUAGCAAUCGCCUAUUUAAAGUUGACAUAAAAAAUGGGUAUUAAAAUAGACUAGGUACCUAUCUAAAACCAUUAGUAAUCAUUAAAAACUGUCAUCUUUAGGUUUAGUUUUGUAUCUUAAAUGUUUAGGUUUUGCCGACAUAAUUGACUGAGAAACUGGUUUAAUUAGGAGUAAAUUUUCUCAAUAGACAAGCCAUUGGCUUAAAACAACUUAAGUUCUGAACACUGGUGACCUAACACAAUAAAUACAGUAUUUUAGUUCCAAAGGAACUGUUGUUUGGUGCCUUACAAUACAAACCAAAGUCUGGAUGUUUUUUGUCCAGAUGAGGAAAAUUUAAAGUUUAUUUAAAAAAACAGGGUUGGUUUAAGAAAUUGUUCAAUGUUCCUUAUUUACACAGACAGCUUUAACGUAUUAAUUUUCAUUUUUGAUCACCUUGUCAUUUAUUUUUAUACUUAUUUAUUAUAAAUAUUAAAUAACAAAAGGUUGUCUGUAAGGGAAAUGUUUAUUUAUGAAUCCAACUAUUUAUUUAAAAAAAAACUACUUAAACAUGGAUUUAUAAAAUAAACAUUUAAAAAGAAGCAUUUCUAAGUUCUUGUAGUCUGUAUCCCAAAGUUUUAACAUCAAACUGCUUUAAAUAAAAUACUUAAUACAAGAAUUUAAAGUAUAAAUAAUUAAGUCAAUAAUUUCCAAAAAUUUUGUUAUAAUGAUAUUAUGUAUUUCUACCCAAUUAUAUGAAAAAAU